AUGUAUGUUAAGCUUGAAUCUCAAAGACUAGAUUUUUUUAGAUCACAACAAGAGGAAAUAAGGAGAGAGUUUUUGCAAGGAUUACAAGACUCUGUGGCUACUGGUGAAACACAGGCAGCAAAUAUUGGUCAGAGAAUUUUUUUACCGGCAAGCUUUAUUGGAGGGCCAAGAAAUAUGAGAAGAAAAUACAUAGAUGCAAUGACUUUGGUCCAAAAAUUUGGUAAACCGGAUAUCUUCUUGACCAUGACUUGCAAUCCUAAUUGGCCAGAAAUAAAAGAACACCUAAUUGAAAAAGAAGAAGCACAGAAUCACCCUGAUUUGAUUGUAAGAGUCUUUCGUGCUAAAUUUGAAGAAUUAAAAAAUGAAAUCCUGAAGAAAAAUAUUUUUGGUGAAGUGGCAGCCUAUACAUAUGUUAUAGAGUUUCAAAAAAGAGGCUUGCCACAUGCACACUUCCUCUUAAUUUUGAAAUCUCAACAUAAAAUGUUCAGACCUGAAGAGUAUGAUAAGAUUGUCAGCACCGAGAUUCCAGACAAAGUGAAAUACCUACACUUAUAUAAAAUGGUUAAAAAACACAUGAUGCAUGGUCCAUGUGGUGUUUUAAAUCCAUCAAGUGUGUGUAUGACAAAGAAUGGCAAGUGUAGGCAUUCCUAUCCAAAGGAUUUUUGUAAGGAAACAACCCAGACCAUUAAUUCUUAUCCAGUAUAUAGGCGAAGUAAUAAUGGUGUUAGAGUCAAAGUUAGGCAGCAUUACUUGGAUAAUAGAUGGGUUGUUCCCUAUAAUGCCUAUUUAUUGGCUAAAUUUGAUUGUCACAUUAAUGUUGAAAUUUGUUCAACAAUUCAGGCUGUUAAGUACAUCUAUAAAUACAUUUGCAAAGGACAUGAUAGAAUCAAUUUUCAUGUUAAUUCCGAUAAUCCAAACAGCCAUAUUGAUGAAAUCCAGCAAUAUCGAGCAGCUCACUGGGUCUCACCACGUGAGGCUGGAUGGAGACUUUUUCGUUUUGCUAUGGGCGAAAUAAAACUUGCAGUAAUGCAUUUGCAGCUUCACCUAGGAAACUAUCAGCCUAUAAACCAUUUUGUUUGGCUUCCUGAUGAGAAACGUUGGAAAAUGAGAGAUCGAGGGGACUCUAUAGGAAGAAUAAAUGCAGUUCAUCCGACUGAAGGAGAGAGGUACUACCUUAGGCUUCUUUUAACAAAAGUCCGUGCUCCGAAGUCCUUUGAUGACUUGAAAACUUAUAAUGGUGUACUUGUUAGAACCUUUCGUGAAGCAGCACUUUUAAGAGGGCUGCUUCAAGAUGAUAACAACCAAGAACAUUUUCUUGAAGAGGCUUCUCUCUUUCAUAUGCCUUAUGAAUUGAGAAGACUUUUUGCAACCCUUUUUGUAUAUCUUGUCUUAACAAUCCCAUACAAUUAUGGUUAA